AUGGGCAAAAACCGCAGAGGUUUGUACAUGCCACGAGGAGCCACGGCUCGGUCACACCGGGGGACGCGGGAGCGCUGCUCCCGCGGGAGCCGCAGGCGAGGCCCCCCCGGCAGCGGGAGGAGGAGGAGGAGCGGGGGUUUUCCGCGGAGCCGGUGCCGAGCCCGGGGCCGCGACAGCGGCGGGCGGCGGGCGGCGGCCAACGCGCGGGAGCGGGACCGCACGCACAGCGUCAACACGGCCUUCGGCGCCCUCCGCCGGCUCAUCCCCACCCGCCCGGCCGACCGCCGCCUCUCCAAGGUGGAGACGCUGCGCCUGGCGUCCAGCUACAUCUCGCACCUGGCCAACGUGCUGCUGCUGCAGCAGCGCCGGCAGGACGAGGCGGCCGCCGCCGAGCAGCCCUGCCCGCAACCCUGUCCGCAAGCCUGCUCGCAACCCUGCCCGCAGCCCGCCCAGCCCCCGCAGCCCUGCCCGCAGCCCUGCCCGCAGCCCUGCUCGCCACCAGGUGCCUCCGCGCCUCGGUCCAUCUGCACCUUCUGCCUCAGCGACCAGCGGCAGCGGCACCGAGAAAAAGAGAAACCAUCACCUGGUCCAGCCGUAACCGGACUCUGAACAGGCUGAGGGUCUCGCACCACUCCUGCUCUGACUGUACCACUGCUCUGGGUAACAUCGCCUCACUCGUGCUGCACGUUUACACUUAGAUAGCACAGUCCUAAAAGAGUUACUUUUUAAGCCUAUGCACUUUGUUUCAUAUUGUGAGGGGUUUUUUCAGGGUGUUUUGCAAAUGAAAUUCUCUGCCUCUGUUGAGACGGUUGCACCUGGUGCGGCAGCUAUUUUAGCGCGAGAAAUGUUAAACCUCAGCAGCCAAGCCCUGAUCCUGAUGCCUCCUAAACCUGUGUCGCAUGAUGAAACUUGAACUUCCAAACACACGGUGUCCCCUGUCAGGGGAACUGCCGUGAACACGCCGUGCCCUACGCCUCCAGCCCAGCCCGGGCUGCACGCAGCGCUGCCGCCCACUCCUCCAGCUGCACGCCAGCCCUCGGGGACAGGGGCCGAUGCCGACAGCUGACAUGCUUGAGAGGUCUCAGCGAUGCUGGAAGAUUAUUUUGAGGUGUUCACAGAAAGUCGGAAAACUUCCAGCGAAAGCAGCCCGGUUGGCUGUGCACAGGCGCUGCAGCACGGGAUGUAUCCAGCACAGGAGAGGAAAGGGGAGAAGUGCAGUGUAAGCGAUGCUCUUUUCUUAUUAACAGGGCGAGUCGUGCCAGUCCUUUAAAUAGCACAGGAUAUUCCUAAAUCUGCCGGGCAAGGAGGGUUUCCCAAGGGCUUUUGCCCAUCACCCAGGUAGUUCCAUAACUGCCCUGUACAUCACUGAGGUUGUUUCUCCCCUCAGUUUACUAACUUGUGUACUUUUUUUCAGAAGUAACUGUAAAAGGCAAAUAAGAUUUUCUAUUUUCAGAUUUGGACAUUAGUGAAGCAGCAAGCUAAAAUCUUAAACCCCAGUAAUGCUGGGGUCUAAGAAACACAGAGAUAGGUUAAUUUUGCAAUGUUUUUUAUAGCUAUUUAUAAUACAAUUAAUUAGGCUUUAAUUAAUCUAAACUCGUUAUUUGGGGAGGCACUCUGUAACUGUAACCACUCCAAGUGCUGCAAGGAAAACUUUCCUUUUUCCUCCCCUGAUGCCAUCUGUGCAGUGCUCCUGGCCAGCCUUGCUGCUCUGGUCAAACUUAAGGGCUGAAGAAGCAGCUCUGUGUUGUUCACUUUCUUUUCUGUAGAGAGUUUUCUCUCCUUGCCCUACAUAAGUGCAAAGCAAAAUCUGGCAGUCGUUAUGAAGAACUUGGCAAGAGCAAGGUCGUGGUGUACUCCUACACAACUUCACCUUUUCAGUUUCCCUUUUCCCCUGCUCAACAUACAGCGGCCACUUUUUCUGUAGCACAAUGAGGAAAAAUCUGCUGCACCUACAGAAAUGCAAUGAGCUCUUCCUUUGAAUUCUAACAAAGCAAAAUCCCAGCGAUUCCACAUCACGUCAGUCUCUUCAGUUAUUAAAAGCUACAGGCUGUAUUUUCCUGGAUUGAGGGGAGAUUCUUGUUUUUAGAAGGUUUCUAUCAUUAAUCUUUUUUUUAAUGGGGAACUUCCAAUUGCUGCCAAGUCAUGGUCUUUGCUUUGGCACUGAUUUGUGAAACUGGAACUCUUUAUAGCUUUGUACAGUGUUUUUUAAUUUUUUUGUUGUGUCAGCCUCUGUGUGUGGGUAUAGAGUUCUGCAAACAUACCUUCCUGGAUUUUUUUUUUAAUCAAUUUGAAAAAAAUUGUUUUUUAAAAAGUCAUUUGCUUUACAAUUAAAGCUGCUCUUACAACUUAAAGCUGACAGUUUGGCCCAACAUUCUUAUGAACACAUUAAACCAAAACAUCUGACCUCUUUAUAGACAAUUAACACUAAUUUAUUCAUUUAGCUGUAUCAUUUCAUAUGAUACCCUAAAAUGGCAAAACAUAAUGCAGUUUCAAACAAUUUUAGGAAAAUUUUACAUUGCGUAUGCCCUGAAUUUUGAAUUUUGUAGGAAAGACAAUAAAAUUAUUUAUUUCAGGUUUUCAAAAUGCUGUGAUUUUUUUACAGUUUUAAGAGUUUUUAGUGUAGCUCUUGGCAAAUGAAAUAUAUUUGGAUUUAAUAAGAUAUCUUUAUACUUAGUUAUUAAAGGAAAUGAGUACAAAAUGUGAGGUCCAUUUUUGUACCAAAGUAUGAGCUGAAAUCUCAUAACUCAAAACUCUCAUGAAUAAUUUCUACAAUCCUAUAGGAAUUUGAUGUUCUCCCUCUAAUGAGGAUUUUAUCUCCCUAGUUUUGCAAAGGGUUUAUACCAAAUACUUUUCAAUGACAAAAGCAGGAGCAGGCCCUAACAACUUAGCCUUCUCUCCUGUUUAAUGUGGCUCAGUGUACCAUUAAAUUCUCUCUUUACUCAGGAUAAACUGUUGAAUUCAACUGGGCUUGGAGAUUUUCUCAGGGUUUCAAUUACUAAAUAAUGCAGGAGUUUCAGUAACACUGAUUGAUCAUGGCAGAAAUUAGACCCCAGAGUACUGUGGCCCAAAUAUUUAUGGUAUAGACAGAUAAUGUCUAUCCAAAGCAAUUAUAACCGUGAUUUCUCUGAGGAACAUUUAUAUAUGUGUAACUCUGUGUAUUUAAAUUAGGAAAAUUGGGGACAAGUCCUUAACUUUGCUGAAAUUUAUUUGUAAUGUAAAACUUCUCUAACCCCAGGAGCAGAAAAAAAAAAGAUACAGGAUUGAGCUGUUACUCUGUAAUGGAUUUUCUAUAAAUCAAGGGAAAAAAAAGAAUUUAAUUUCUGGAGACACAGAUGAAUUGAGGGCUUGGAUUGCACAUAUAAAGAGCUCAUCAUCAUUAGGUGUUUUACUGAGUUUUUACUGUAUGAGCUUGUGUGUCUUAUCAGUCCUUUUUUUUAAUCAUGGAGCAGCGUUAUCCAUGGCAUGCAAAAUAUAAAAGUCAAAAUCUUGAGGGUGUCUGAGAGCAAGUACCUUACUUGAGGUAAUUGACCAAUGAGGCAUUGGAAUUAUGUGAGUUUUUCCAGAGGUGCCAAACAGCCUCUUGUUCUGCAGAUAUUGGGGGUUUGACUUAUUUGUGAGCACAUUCUGUUCUGUAUGUAUGAACAGAGGCAUGCCUGAUGCCAAUCCCAGCUUUGUUUUCCUGUAAACACUUGGCUAUUCAAUUUAUGAUGCAUGAAUAAAGCAGAAACAGUGACAUAUACACCAAUUGGUCUCAGAUCCUAUUAAAUUAUUGUUAAAAUAAUCCAAGCAUAGUACUUUGUGUAAAUCAUUGUACUUAGCCUGCUACAUCACUGUAUAAAAACAGCACCAAGCAAAGUGAAUAAAUCAUGUUGUUUGAUUUUACAGGUUAAGUUUAAAGAAGCAUUUGAACAUAGUUCUUAGUUAUUUAUGAAUUAAUCAUAAUGUAAGUCAAAGUAGUUUCAUAUGUUGCCUUCUAUUUUCACUGCUGUUCUACAAAACAGAAGUUUCCUUUCAUGGAAAAUCUGCUUCUUUACAAAAAUCUGUAUUUGUUUGCAAAAUGUGAUUACAUUUGCUAAAAUAAACUAUUUUUGUUACUAAUUUAAACAAUAAACUGCAAACACUA